AACAUUUAUUCAGUAAACGAACAGCAAAACACAGGUACGCUCGCGCACACACACACACACAGAGGGAAAGAUGUAAAUAAUAAAAAAUUAAUGGUCAUCAGUAAUUGGUACCCCCAACAUAUUUCCCAGGAUCAAAUAAUAUAAUAUAACCGUCGCCUUGCAGUUCUCUGCCUACAAAUACUUUCAUUCUUACUAUCACUUACAAAAACAAAUCAAAUGUUUCGUCUGAUUGAGGAACAAACAUUAAGCCGUUAUGCUUUGAGUCGUGAUGGAAAUAACAAUCACAUGUGUUUAAACAAACACAUCCUCUUCCACACAUGCACUAGCAAACAAACAAACAAGAAAACAACAAAUAAACAAACACAAAUGUUUCCUUCAAUUCUUAAAAGUAUUUUUUAGAAUGAGCAAUAAACAAAUAUAUAAUUAUCAGAAUAAACGUGUGUCAUAUAUUUUUAUCUCUGUAUCAGUCUGUGUCCAUUUCUAUGAACAUGAGGUCAAGAUGUCAAGUAAAGAUCAAGUGUUUGCCUCCUACCCCUCCCCUCACCGGUGCAGGAGGUAUAACUGUGUGUGCGCGCGCACGCGCUUGCAUGGGUUUGCAUGUGUAAACACACACAGGACAACAUUCCCCGAAUUUUCCAGUAAAAAUCAAUACUCAGUCUCGGAGGCCCCAAAUACAGGAAUCGCAACGUGUCAUUGCAUGUCAUCUCGCCGACAGCAACAGCAAGAAAUGCAUACUCUCAAUCAAUCCCAUUGGUGAUGCUGUCUUUUUCUCCCUUUGUUGUGUUUGUCGUUAUAUUUUAUGUACAAUGAUAUGCACAGUCGUGGUACAGUUAUAUACGUUUUUCUCCAUUUCUCUAGUAAGUAAAGGGUAGACGAUAACAGAAAACACACAUGCAGUCUGUACUCACUGACCACGGAAUCGUCCAGACACACCCCUCACUGCUACACUCUCUCCAUCCGACUACAGCACUCCAACGGUUAGUCAGUUUGUCUUGCCAAUAUUUGUCAUGUAUGCAGAGCUGGUAACAUACCUCGUCAAUUUGUCAUCUAGUCCUUCUAGAGAGAUUCCUUGCCAAAUGUCAACGACAUCCAUUUUAUUUAAUUUUUGUGUAAUUCUCUUAACCUAUCAACUCUAACAAACCGAAGUGGACGUUAGUGACAAGCGUCUCUAGCAAAGAGACGGGUCCCCGCACUUUGCCUCCACUUGUUUACACCAUUGUACAGGAGACCAGCCGCCGCCCCUCACACCUCCAGUCGUGUUUGUCCAGUAACGUUUGCACAGAAUGUUACGUACACCCGGUCUCCGUGUGACGUCUGGCGAGCCUCCUUUACGAAGAAGCAUUCUCGAGCUUUCCUUCAAGUGCGCGAGGCACUGGAUCCGGCGGUUGAAACACCUUGUUGAGAGAGUUCCCCCUUUUUGCGGCGGACAAUACAAUCCCGCCACUCGCCCUUGUUCGGUUUUGUUUGAUCUAAGAUUUCUGAGCAAAUAUUGCCUUUAUCGUCGACCGCCAUUUUUUUUUUUUUAUGAAACCCACUUGAAAAGAAAGUAUAAACGCCUUGUAAGGAAGAUGGCUUGUCUGAAGACAGCAAGAUGGGGGGACUCUGUGACGGUCUGCUAUGAUACGCACACUGGCGGCGACUCCACUGGAACAGCGGAUGGCGAGGGCUUCUGCGCUUUGGUGUUGGCUGAAGCGAGGCAUCGGUUUUCGCACGCGGCCGGGGAGGGUGUGGAGAUUACAAUCUUGAUCCCUUCUGUGGUUGGUCGCGGCCGCGCAGUGCGAGAGUAGGCGGAGCUUCGACCUGUCAGCCAUCGCGAAAGUGGGCGGUGUUUUUUGGCGAAGGCGCAGCCACGCACAUCGUAACUUACCAUACUUCUCGUGGCCGUCCUCCCUCCCUUCCACUGCGUGGAGACUGGUUUAGAACACUUGUAGAGCUCAGCCACGCUUGUUUUUUCUAUCUAGUUCUUAUCUAUCCUUUACUGAAGGAAAAAAACGAAUUUAAAAAAAGAAAGAAAACGGUGAAAAUUAGUUUGGGUCUGGAGGAAAAGAAAUGGCGAUCGCUAUGGAGACGGAAGAUUGACAAGCCGAGUAAGCCACGCCUCUUUGGUCUUCCUCUCUUUACAAAGUUUGUUGUCACGCAUGGGUUCCACAUGACGCUGGGCGUUGGGGCAAGUCGACAAGGAUGGCGAAGUGUGUGUCCAGGCUGUGGUAGUAGCAGUGGCCCCCUUCUUCUCACACACAGCUCCUCUGGAGUUGAACCCUCGCCAAGUCUUGUUGCGGACGCCCUCUCUCUUUCUCUCUCGUUCGCUCGCUCUCUCCGGGUUUGUGUGUCAGUCAUUCAAGGUAGAACAAUCAGCGAAGCAGCCAACCCGCUCAACCCGUUGCCUGAUCCAGCCGUACACGGAAACCCGAGCUAGCUUAUUGCUAGACCUGCCCCGCACUCCCCCAGCCAGGCAGGCCACAGUGGCGCAGUCCGCCAGUCGCACGUGAAGGGCCAGUCGUCGUCAUCGUCAUCGCAGACUUUCUUCCAACUUCGUCUGUCGACGUGCGGGUAGUUUUGUCAGUCGUUGCUGUUCAUACCCGUCUGCUGGCAAGUGACGUCGCGUUUUGCCUGUUCGUGCUCAUCCCGGGUGCAGUGUAUGUGUGUUGUGGGGGGUUGCGCGCGCUGUGAGAUCGUCGCACGUACCCUGACCAGACUCCAGGUGGGCGGAUGGAGUGUCUACUCAGGGUAAGGUGAGUGGACAACGACGACCUUCGUCAGUGUUGAGGACUACCUGCGCGGUCGCGCUUUGAAGUUGUUGGGAAACUUGAUUUUCUUCUGUGAUUGUAAUCAGUCGCCGCAUACCUUCCGCUCGCUCGCUCUACCCGGCAGUCCUGACGAGCCCGGAGCAGCACCAAGGGUGUAUUUACAUCCACCUGUAGAUGUCUACCUGACUGCUUGACCUACACAGAAAUUUGAGGAAAUGAACUUGAGUUGUCACAUGAGAGUACACACAGCUGGCCUGGGUGAAGCUUAUGCAUGGUCGAAAUAAUUCGAGGAUCUUCCGUGUGUAUUCAACCAAGCGUGACCGGGUGGGGAUUUUUUUUUCUCCAGUGACAGAAGACGACGUCGGGUAGAGAUGAAGAUUUCAAGUGCAUAGGAAUCCAGUAACUGCUCAACGAACAGCAGCAGCAGCAGGUCUCUAUUGUGUUUUCGACUAAAUCCAGCUGUUCGAUGUUUUUCCGCGCGGAGAGUUCCUGUACUGCCGACAUGAUCGUUAAAGGAUUGUCGUUGUAGUACCCGUUACUGCACACCCGUACACAUCGCUUGAAUUGUGAAUGACGUGGUCAGGCUGUUGUUCUCUGUACUGACUCGGGAAUCAUCGUCCGAAAUUGUGGUGUACUGCUGACGGCAUCUAGCCCUCCUCACAGCUGGAAAUUUUCUUCUGACUGUUACAAUUAUACUGUUGGAAGAGAAGACAGCCACCCGUCUGCUCAACAUCGUCUUUAUCGUCGGUGCCCGCCGCGGUCGGCUGACUACGUCGACCACACCAGCGUCAACGUAAAGUCCAGCCGUGGACCUAUCAGCCGGCAAGGUGGGGCCCCUCCACACUCUCACCCCUGGACUGGCCUUGUCUGGGGGACCAGGAGGGGGAGGAGGUCUGGGAGGAUCGGCCAUGGUGCAGUGUGCAGGGUGCGAGCGGCCCAUCUUGGACCGCUUCCUCCUGAACGUUUUGGACCGGGCCUGGCAUGCCAAGUGUGUGCAGUGCUGCGAGUGCAAGGCCAACCUGACGGAGAAAUGUUUCUUUCGGGAUGGCCAGCUGUACUGCCGGACGGACUUCUUCAGGCGUUACGGCACAAAGUGCGCCGGGUGCACGCAGGGUAUCUCGCCCAACGACCUGGUGCGGAGGGCGCGGAACAAAGUAUUUCAUCUCAAGUGUUUCACCUGUAUGGUGUGUCGCAAGCAGUUGUCGACUGGUGAGGAACUGUACAUUCUGGACGAGAACAAGUUCAUUUGUAAAGAGGACUACCUCAGUAGUAAAUUUCAAGGCUCGGAUGCCGAGGACGAUGGCGACCUGGACAGCGGCAUCGACACGCAAGGCAACGUCUCGGACAAAGACUUUCCGCUUGACGGCGACACCAACUCCCAGGAUGGUAAGGAGCCGCUCCUGGGCGCCCUCACCAACAACAACAACACCUUUUUGAACAAUAACACCACCAGCGGUCCCCUCAACAGCAGCAACAACAACCUGCCCAACACACCCUACUCCAACGGUAGCGGCGGCGGUGCUUGUGGUGCCGCAACUCCGCAGCACCUGCUGUCGCAGCACGGACUCGACAGCCCCGCCCCCGUGGUCAAGGAGGAGGUGCGGGACAGAGACCUGGAUGCCAGUCCCGCCUCCAUCGACUCCCCGUACUCGGCGAUGGGCGACAUGGCCGGCGACCGGGUGGCCGCGGGGAGUCUGGGUGGAGGCAGCGCGGUGGGCGGGGGAGGAAGCGGAGGAGGCCCGCUAAAUCACAGUGACGAGAGCAUGGCCGCCAGCCCGGACAACGCCGGAACCGGAAAUGGCGCUAGCGCCAACACGUCGACGACCGGAAGUGGACCAGGUAGCAACGGCAACGGAGGCGGCGGCAGCGGCGGCAACGGCGCGGCAGGUGGCAACAGCCAGGUGGGGGCGAAGCGACGUGGACCACGCACCACCAUCAAGGCCAAGCAGCUGGAAACGCUCAAGGCUGCUUUCGCUGCCACCCCGAAGCCCACCCGCCACAUCCGCGAACAGCUGGCGCAAGAAACGGGACUCAACAUGCGCGUCAUCCAGGUGUGGUUCCAGAACCGCAGAUCCAAGGAGAGGAGGAUGAAACAGUUGAGCGCUCUGGGCGCGCGCCGACACUUCUUCCGCAACCCUCGCCGCAUGAGGGCGCUGCGGCCUGGCGAGGAGGACAGUCCCGACAUGCUCGGUCCUGGGUUUGGAUACAUGGGGGCUGACUUUGAAAACGGCCAAGACUUCUAUCCAGGCUACCCUCAGCCUUAUGGCGAAUUUUUCAUGGGACAAGGUGCGGAUGGUCCGGGUGCUAUCAACUUUCUGCCGCCUACCCAGGGUACUCCACCAGUCCUAGAGCAAGGAAUACACCAACCAGGUCUGGGUCCGGAGCAUCAUUUCCUGGCGGGUGAUCUCCCUUUGCCUCCCUCGUCUACCCCGGAGCCCUUGCCGCCGAUGUCGGCUCACGACGGACCGUUCGGGGUGGCACGGUCGCUCGGACUGGCGCAAUUCUCUCAGUCGCUCGCAGCCAGCGGCCACCCGCACCACCACUCUCAGGAAAUGGCCUCCGAGGUGUGGUGACGGUUAGCCCAAGAGCGUCAGUACCUGCAGCAGCAGCAGCUUCAUCAGCACUAGCGGUUGGUUGUGGGGAGGUGGGAAGCGGGGAAGAAGAAGGAAGAAGAGGACUGGCUCGCCGUUCGAGGGUCACUGAGGACAGAUUUAUGUGACGGCAUCGAGAACGUUCGACGACUCCGGGAUGUUUGUCAGGUAGUUACAAACCCUGUCCCCUCCAUUCUCAUCUGUUCGAUCGUCAACAUCAGUGUAUCUACCUACCCCGGGGGUUCCCAGUGUUUGAUGACGUCAGAAGGAAUGAUGGACACGGACGUGAACGCCAACAACACGAGGUUCGAAUCCUUGGCGGCGAAGUGGGUGUAUGUGGAGGUGGGGACGGUGUACUACGAUCCUCUUUGACAAGGCUAUGGGACUGCCGAGACUUUCUUUUCAAAGAAAGAACAACAGUGAAAGGCAGGUGGUGAUGAAAGAUAAAGGACAUUAUUAAGGAUGCUACAAGUUCCUGGGGAAGACAACCAACCAACCACAAGACGACAGUGUCUGACUCUCGCUUCGUGUCUGUCGGCUGCUGCAACGCUUUUCUUAACUGACGCUCUUGUGCAAAAUACCCGAGAUCGGGGACAAGGCUAAAAACAAUGGACAAGGUGUUAGGUUUAUAUCCUGACUUAUUAACUGUCAUAUGAACCUUUCCGAUGACAUUGAACUUUUGUAGUGUCGACUGUUGUGUCCUGCUGGAUCUGCAUUCACACGAUUAAAGUGGCACUACCACGCUUUACUCGCGCCGCAACGAUGACUUUCCUGCGGAAGUGACGUGUCUGUAUUUUAAUUUGUUGUGGGCAUCUGAUAGUGUCUUCAUUCGUUCUGCUCUGCAGCUGUUUACAGCCCAAGUCAUUUCUGUGCGCUAUAUAUAUAUAAGGGCAUAUAUAGCCUUUAAAAUGUAAAAAGACAAAAAAAAAAAUGUUUGAAAAUAAUCGUGGGGAUAAAGAAGAGGACAGGCAGGCAGACAAUCGCUUGUCACGUGACCUCGCAGCCCCCGCUUGUGCUCGCACAUUCUACCUUAGAGCUUCUUAUAUUUUGUUUCUCAGACAAUCAGCUAAAAUACCUGUCCACGUGUCACAUGUGGUUUGCUGAUUCCUUUUCAGAGUGGAGCUACUGGGACACAACAGGUUACAUUAUUAGCAAUCGUGGGUGGAAAUAUGUUUUGAUUUCUCUAAACACGAUGUGGAGUACCCGUACCCCAAUAUCAGGUUCGAGCGGGAUGAUCUUUCGGUCUUUGAUGUGUAACGAUUAUCGUCCUUGCAAUCAUCCCUGUUUGGUAUCUAAAACCAAUCACGACUGUCAGUUCUUUUAUUCCCUCCAUCCGUUUCCUUUUUCUUUUUUCCUCGCAAGAAACAAAUGCUUUUGAAAUGCAGUAAAUACAGUUUGCCUCGUUGCUUUUGUUUCUGUUUUGCAGACCAGUCCCACAAGGUAAUUGGUAAUUUCUUGUAGAGGAAACCUGACUGAAAUGUUAAAAAAUAGGCAUUAUUUUUUAAAAAAGAAAGUUAUGAUGGAUGCUAAGAUCGAUGUGCACACUUCGAUGUUCGUGCCGCUGAAGCGCGUUUGUCACGGGUGACCUGUGACCCGGAGUGUUAGGAACGUGUGCAAAAGGCCAUUAUAACAUAUCACUGCUCUACUGUGUGCAUACAGGCCGCGCCACCAGCCUCUGUCCCAGGGUGGGUCACUCUUGCCUACUUCCGUCUGGAAGAUGUGUGUGACGUAGGUGUCUUGGAACGAUUUUUCUGUGACGUGUUCGUCCUAAUCUCCAAUUCAUUUUCAUGAGUUGAUCAUUGUGAUACAUGUCUGAGCGGGGCUGGGUGAAUGGAAUGUCUGUGUGUGUGUGUGAGUUACUUGAAGGCUCAUCACACAAACACCAUAAUUAAAGUGCGACUUGGUGAGGUCAAAGGUUAGAGAUCAGGCUGUUUGAUGUGAUCUCUGGUUAUCAACUCGCUCAUCUAUUUAUUAUUUUUUAUGUUGUCAGCUGUUGUUAGUCCUUCGAAUGAGCUGCGUGUUCCAAAUCUGUCUUUGAACAAAAGCAUGCCCCUUGCUUCUCUCCCUUCGGGGCCGACGGGAAGCCCUGUCCUUGUGACGUCAGUGUACAAGUGUGACGUCAGCGUAGAUAUGGCGUCAGCGUAACAAGAGCAGAUAACCUUUUGCUGGACAACUGCCUAGAAGAAGAAAAACAAAAAGAAAUGUCUAGCAUGCCAUUAUUAAUUAUUCUAUCAUGUUUUCUAAUUAUGAGGUACAUCAACCUGACUACUUGGAUUUAUGGAUUGCCAUGGUUACCAGACGUCCUUAGUGACCGUUCCUUUGUCCUCUUACCGCGAUGUCAGUCCCAGUUGGAUAGAGUAUUCUGUGGAUCAUACAGUGGUCGUUGCCAAUUCCUUUUUUAUUUCAUUCUCAGGUUCAAUCACUGAUUGCUAUGUUUUUCCUCCUCUCUUCUCAAGAGAAUGCAUGCAUAAUCAUCGAUGUAUAUAUUUCUUGUUCAUUUGUUCGCUCCCAUUGUACGUGCUUCAUGUUGAGAAUAUAUAUAUUGACAUGUAACGUGACCGAGACGUCACUGGAGCACGUUCAUGUCCAGUUCAGUGUCGAUGUGGGCCUCAGGCAGACGUAGGGUUAGUGUGUGAGUGGUGUGGUCAGUCAGGAGAGUGAGAGCGAGGCGGAGAUAAAAGAAGUUUAUAGGGAUGAAAAAAAUGGUGAGAAUUUGUGUGUGUAGCUGUGAGAGAAAGAAAGAUUAUUUGCCAAACAAAACAUAACCUUAUUUUUUCAGAUUUAAGUUAUUAGAUCAAAACGAAAUCCAGUAAUUCGACAGGUUCGUAUCCCAAGAGGUCAGCUGUGUGACUUAUGAUUCCAACCGAAGUGUCUGUUCUAGUAAGUUGCUGUGGUGUUUUGUUUUUGUUUUUGUUUUUUUUUUCCCCCUUAAAACAAGGCAAUAGCCUAGCGGCUAUAUGGUGUCACUACGUUUAAGGUCAGACGAGAGAAAAAGAGAGAAACAAAUGAAAAUAAUAAAGAGUUUAUUAAGAAGACCUGUCCUCUACGGCUGUCGUACGUCCCUCUGUAACUAUUUAAGAUGUGUUCUAUGUAGUUGUGAAGAUGUGCUAGAUGUUUUGUUUUGAUGAAAAAGAAAUAAAAUGACAAACAUGGAUAA